AUGGCUGCAAUUGAGAAGGUCAAGGUCGUCGUUCUGGGCGAUUCUGGUAAAGUAGCCUUCAUUAAUCUUAUAGUAAUAAAUGCAUACGUAAUCUUCUCAGGAGUCGGCAAAACUUCACUCACUUACUUAGUCGCACACAACAAGCCGCUGCUGUCGCCAGGAUGGACGGUCGGGUGUUCAGUGGAAGUGAAGCUGCACAAAUACAAGGAAGGUACUCAAGCGCAAAACACAUUUUUCGUAGAGCUCUGGGAUGUUGGCGGUUCUAAUAAUCAUAGAAACACUAGGAAUGUGUUCUAUCAGCCAACACAUGGUAUAAUUUUGGUCCACGAUCUUACAAAUAGGAAGAGUCAGUUGAAUUUACAAAAAUGGUUGUCGGAGAUACUAAACCAAGAUGCUACCAAUCCAAAUUAUCAACACGUGGACGUGGACCCAGAACAAUUUCUAGGAUCUACACAAAUUCCCAUUCUAGUAAUAGGGACCAAAUAUGAUUUGGCUGAGGAGAAGCAACGAAAAAAUCAGUACCGAAGACUGGCUAGCAGUAUCGCGGAACAGUGUGGCGCUGACGAAAUAUUCGUUAACUGCCAUCAAGCAAGGUAUAGUCCCAUAAAAUUACCAAAUAAUUUCGAGUCACUAGCUCCAGGGACCAGCAAUUCUGUGAAAUUAACAAGGUUCUUUGAUAAGGUGAUAGAGCGUCGUUACUACGCAACUCAGUUCCCUGACAAACGUCGAAUGAUUCCACCUCACGUAUUAUCAACACCGGUGUCGACGAACAAGAACACUCAUUACCUCAGUCCGAGGUUCUAUCACAUGGAUUGA